CACUGGAGGGAACGUCUCGUACUUUAAAACCCAGCUGUGUCUCAGAGGUUCAUCAGGAGCAGCAGUUUAUAAACAGCCUCAGAAUCUGAGUGAAAAUCAGACUGAGAAGACUCAAGAUCAGACUGAAAAAAUUUCAGAGGAAGUUGACGAUGUCUGUGUCAUUGAUGUUUCAGGGUGUGUCUGUGUUGUUGCUGUCUGGAACGACUGUUUCUGAAGUCUUUCUGAAUGUUAGUCCCAACCGUCAGCAGUUCUUCAUCCGAGGUUCUGUGUCCCUGACCUGCGUUAACGAUGGUUGUCCUGCUGACGGCUGGACGGUGAUGAAACACAGUGGUGGCCACAAUAUGUGUGACCCAGGCCUACGAGACUUUGGCACUGUCAGUGGUUCUUCUGUGGUUCUGACCGACCUGGACAAUAAAGACAUUUCGUUUUACUGGUGUGAAAAUAGCGAUGGCCGCAUGAGUGAAUACACCAGCAUCUGGGUAGAAGAUCAUGUGAUCCUGGACAUCCCUGCCCUUCCUGUGAUGACAGGAAGUAACCUCACUCUGCGGUGUUUGUCGAGGGACGGGUCUGCAGUUGCAGCUUUUUUCUUCAUAAAUGGAACUCUUGUUGGACCAGAACCAAAAGCAGAACUAAAGAUUGCCAGCGUCCAGAAGUCCGAUGAAGGUGCCUAUGCAUGCACUGCUGUUAUGUACGGACGAUCUCCUGUCAGCUUUCUGAGGGUCAGAGAUCCUCCAUCGGCCAUUACAGCUCUUGCUCCUUCAACCACUCACCUCCAAGUGUCUCUGAAGGUGAGUCCAGACCUGCAGCAGUUCGUUAAAGGCUCUUCGGUCUCUGUGAGCUGCGUUGAAGACGGACAGACUGUGGAUGGGUGGACGGUGAAGAGGACUAUAGACAACAAAACUCUGGAGUGUGGAGCCUACUGCUCCAUGUCUGAGCGGUGGGUCGGGUCGUCCUGUGACCUGAAUGGACACAUGACCUUCACCGGUGUUUACUGGUGUGAGACCAGGAGUGGACUGAGGACUGAACAUGUCACUGUCACUAUAACCGAUCGUCCUCUGAUCCUGGAAAUCCCUGCACUUCCUCUCAUGACAGGAAGUGAUGUCACUCUGCUCUGUAGACACAAAGGUUCCAGUGUUGCAGCUUCUUUCUACAAGAAUCACAGCCUGGUUGGAUCUGGGUCAGAACUCAUCAUCCGCCGUGUACAACAGUCUGAUGAAGGCCUCUACUCAUGUGCUAUUGAUGAGUAUGAAUCUGUUUGGAGCUGGCUGAGGGUCAAAGGAUUUGCAGGAUUUGAACUGACCAGCUGAAUAAUAAGAUAAAGACAGAACCAGGUUCUGCUUAUCUCUCCUCAGAUCUUUUUCGGCCUCAUGAUGUUUCUUAAGAAUAAGAGUUGAACUGUUUUUUCGUUCAACUCUUAUUUGUCUCCAAUAUAUUAAAUAAAUCA